AUGAAUAAACUUCACUUGCCCGGACAACAGAUCGAGUCCCCUGGUUUGUUAGGGUUUGGAUUCUUCAAGUGGUGCCAUGACCCGGAUUGGCCAUCUCAUCUCUAUGCUGUAGUGCUUGGAACACAACAGUGUGCUGCAGCUCCGCAGGCAGAGGUCACUCCAUCCAGUGAAGCUACGUUGGAGAAGAUGGAGGCUGUCAAUGCUUCUAAGGCAACCAGUGUUGCUGCUGUGAAGGAUGAAGUGCCUGAACUGAGGCUUGUUCUGCUGGGGAAGAACAGCUCAGAGAUCAGCAAAGUGGGAAACGUCAUCCUGGGUAGAGACGCAUUUGAUACUGAAGCACCUCCUCCUUCAGGACAGCAGCACAGUGAGAGGGCCAGCGGAAAUGUGGGGGGAAGAUACAUCACCCUCAUUAACACACCUCACCUGUUUGAUCCUCAAAUCUCUGUAGCAGAUCUGACUGAAAGAGUGAAAGAGUGUGUGCCUCUGUGUGCUCCAGGACCUCAUGCGUUUUUACUGGUGCUGCAGUCGGAUAACUUCACAAAGCAAGAUCAGAUCAGAACCAAAAAUAUACUGAGAAUGUACAGCACACUGGCUCUUCAAUACUCUGUACUGUUAACUAUAGGUGAAGACCAUGGUUUGAGUUUCUACUUGUCUCUGUUUGUUAGUGACUGUAAUGUGAGACAGCACGUUCUUCAGCUUUUGGAGAAGAUAGAAGAGAUGGUGAAGCAGAAUGGAGGAGACCACCUGACUAGUGAAAUUGACCAAUCGCUUGAAGUUGAAUCAACAGCAGAGAAGCACUCUGCAGCACCUGGAAGAGGCCACGCUGAAAAAGAACACAGGAUUGUUCUGUUUGGAAAGAAAAGCUCAGAGAUCAGCAGAGUGGGAAACUUCAUCCUGGGCAGAGACGUGUUUGAUACUGAAGGACCACCUCCUUCAGUAGAGCAGCACAGUGAGAGGGCCAGCGGAAAUGUGGAGGGAAGAUACAUCACCCUCAUCAACACACCUCACCUGUUUAGCCCUCCCGUCUCUGAAAUGGACCUGACUCAGAGAUUAAAAGAGUGCAUGUCUCUGUGUGCUCCUGGACCUCAUGUGACAAUGCUAGUCCUACAGCCAGAUGACUUCAAUGAGACAGACAGAAACCAAGUGCAUGUAAUCCUCAAACAUUUAUCAGGGGAGGCCCAAAAAUACACUCUGGUGCUAACAACACAUAGGCUGCCAUUAGACACUGAGGUGGCUGCAGAUCAAAUUGAAGAGAGUGUUUCUCAGGUUAUUACAGACUUCAGCAACAGGCAUUUUGAGUUUGGCAGUGAAUGCAGUCAUUCUGCUCUUGUGGAGAUGAUGAACAAUAUAGUUGAAGAGAAUGAAGUGUCUCAAAGGCUGAACUUGGUUCUGUGUGGGAGUAACAGAGUGUUGAAGUCCCCCAUAUCAGAUCUUAUACUUGGUCAGAGAGAGCAAAGUCCAGAGCCCAGUUCAGUGUGUGUGAAGCGGGAGGGAGAAGUAUUUGGACGUCUGAUCACUCUGGUGGAGAUGCCAGCUCUCUACAACACUCAGCUGUCAGAAGAGAAAGUUAUGCAGGAGACUCUUCAGUGUGUCUCUCUUUGUGAUUCUGGAGUUCAUGCUUUUCUCCUCAUCAUUCCUGAGGGCCAAGUCACUGAUGAAGACAAUGGAGAAAUAGAAAAGAUCCUGAGAAUAUUUAGCUCCAAAGUCAGUGAUCAUUUAAUAAUUCUUUUUACCAUGGAGAAUGCUGCGAUGGAUGUUGUAGAACAUAUCAAGGAAACAAAAUCCCCUUUUGCCAUUUAUGGACAAAAGUACAGAAUACUGGAAUUGAAAGUGGGAAAAAAUCCCAAACAAGUUCCAGAGCUGUUGGAUGAAAUUGAGAAAACAAUGAAAACAAAGCCAUAUUCUCUGCACAUGUACAUAAAAGCGCAAGAGGAAAAAAUCCAAACUCUAAAAGAUACUCAAAGAAAAGAGCUGAGUGAAAUGGAGAAGAAAACCCCGGAAUUAAAGGCAAAGAUCCAAUUAGAAGGAUAUGAAGACGAACUACUGGAUUUGAGGUGCUUGAGGAUGAUACUCAUUGGAAGAACAGGAAGUGGAAAGAGUGCAACAGGAAACACUAUCCUGGGAAGAGAUGAAUUUGUGAGUGAAGCUAGUUUGGAUUCUGUGACAAAGGUUUGCAACAAAAGAGUUGGUGAAGUUCAGGGGAAGUCAGUCACUGUUGUUGACACUCCAGGACUGUUUGACACCGCACAGUCAAAUGAAGAAAUACCAGAAGAAAUUGUGAAAUGCAUCUCAAUGUCAGCACCUGGACCUCAUGCUUUUCUCAUUGUAACGAGUUUGGGAAGAAUUACCCAAGAAGAAUUAGACCCUUUACAUCUGAUAAAAACGGUCUUUGGUCCAAAGGCUGCAAUGUUCAGCAUAGUGCUGUUCACUGGAGGAGAUGAGCUGGGAAAUCAGCCAAUAAGUCAAUACAUAGAGGAAUGUAAAAAUGAACAAAUCAAGAAACUGCUCAGAGACUGUGGAAAUAGGUUUGUAGUGUUCAAUAACAGAGAAAGAGAAGACCACACUCAAGUUUCUGAGCUUUUAAGACAGAUUCAAACAAUGGUAAAAUCAUACACAGACCAAUACUUUACAAACAACAUGUUUCAAGAGUCAGAAAUCUCCAUCAAAAAGAAAAUGGAAGAAAUUUUGAAAGAAAGAGAGAAAGAGAUUAAAGCUGAAAAGGAGAAAAUGGAAGAAAUUCUGAAAGAAAGAGAGAAAGAGAUUAAAGCUGAAAAGGAGAAAAUGGAAGCCCAAUACAUCAGCAUAAUGAAAGAGAUGAAGAAGAGACUGGAGGAAGAAAAAAUCAAGGGUGGUGAAGAAAAACAGCAAAUGGAGAGAAAGUUCAGAGAAAAGUUGGAAGCUCUCCAAAAAGAGUUUGAGGAAAAAAAUGAAAUAGAGAAGGAGAAAAGGGAGACGGAUGACAAGGCAACGUCAGAGGAUAAAAAAAAACAAACGGAGAAAUGGCACCAGAUACUGAAAGAGGUAGAAAUAAAGAAUAACAAGCAGAGAGUUACAUUUGAAAAACAGCUAAAUGAAAGGGAUGAAGAAGAUAAAAAGAGGGAAGAGAGAUAUAAACAAGACGUAGAGAAACUCAGAAAUGAGCAAAAGCACACUAUGGAGGAGCUGAUAAGGACACAAAAGGAAGAGCUUCAAAGGAGAGCUUCAGAGGAGCACAGAAGGAGAAAAGAAGAAGAAGAAGAGAGGCAGCGUUGGGAGAGAAAAAUAAAAGAGGCUGAACAUGAGAGAAAAGAGAUUCGAGAGGACCUAAAGCAAAAGCAGAAGGAAUGGGAAGAAGAGAAGAAAAGACAGCUGAAGGAACGAGAGGAAGAAGAUCAUUUAAGAAAACAGAGACACACAGAAGAGCUCAGAGCAAAACAAGAAGAACAGAAAAGAACGAGAGAGAAAUUUGAAAAGGAGAUAGAUUAUGAAAGACACAGAAGAGAAGAAGAGAAACAUCAAUGGAUGGAAGCAGUGAGAAAAGAAAGAUCCUACGUCAGGGUUGGAGAAAUGCAUGUGGCUAAUAAAGUGACCCUGAGUCACCCUGAGUGUGUGAAGGAGGCUAUCACAGGUCCUUCCUUCCCACUGCUUUUGGACUGUACAACCAGCACUGUUCCCAGUAGAACCUCCUCCCUCCACCCUUGUCAGACUUCAUACACAGGAGGCAAACUCUGA